UUCGGCCCUGCCGAACGAGAGGUGCUACUGCGCGCUGCCGAGGGUGGUGAGGGUGAAAAGAAGGAGAAAGGAAGAGGGUGGAAAAGAGACGGGAAGAGUGGAAGAGCACGAUAGCGCGUACGGUGCGGCUGUCUGCGGCUGCUCGGUCGUCAGUUGGUGAUCGUGGAUGAUCGCACGCACGCUCGGGGGUGACGGGCGCGUCUACAUUCGCGAGGAGGGCGAUGGAGCCUUCGUGCGUCUCGUUGGCGAUCGAGUGAGACGCGCCGUCGUCGAAUCGCGUCCCCGUCGCCGUCUCCGUCGCCGUUAGUGUAGCAAGUAUCGUCCUCCGUGACCGCGAGUGCACGGACUGGCGAGAGGCAACGCGACCGAAAAAAAGGAGGAAGCAGCCCCCACGAGCAGCGGAGCGACAAAAUGUCGACGUACCAUUAUUUAUCGUGAAGGAGACAAGGGAAAGAGAGAGAGAGAGAGAGGGAGAUAGAGAAACAGAGAGAGAGAAAGAAAAAAAAGUGAGAAGAAAGAUAGGAAGAAAAAAAGAGAGAGAGAGAAAGAGAAAAGAGGGUUAAACACACACAGUGACGAUAUCUCUCUCGAGUUGUUGAAGCGGAGGAGACGAGGGACCUCGUCAUGACACGGAGCGAUCGUCGGCAGCAUGCGACGCGACCAUAAUUCGUAACGGAAACCCGGGGCGUCAGCCUCUCGGAACUGUUUUGAUACGGCCAACGGAGAAGCUGGACAGCUGACCGCGGAGCCGCGAUGUACGCCGCGGCGGGUGGUGCUAGCAUCGCCAACCGGAGGAAGCAGAAACGGCUGCAGCUGAACAAGCAGGGCGGCGGCGCCGCGACUCCUGUCAUCAAUGUCGUCCCGCCAAGACUAAAGGGUGCCGCCGGGGCGCGUUAUCAGCAGCAGCAGCAGCAGCAGCACUAUCACCACCAGCAUCAGCAUCAGCACCACCAGCACCAGCACCAGCACCAACACCAGCACCAGCACCAGCACCAGCACCACCAUCACCAUCACCAGUACCAGACCAAGCUCGGCCGGCUGUACCAGACGGUACCGCCGGCGGUGUCGGCGCCGCGAGCGCAGCAUCAGCAGCAACAGGCGCCUACGUCGACAUCGUCGUCGUCGGCCGCGUUCCACCCGGGUGCCGACGCCGACAGCCGGCACCGUCACCACGCCGACCACCGCAAGUCGUCGCAGCAGCAAGUCGCGCCGCUCUCGCCGAUCCAGUUCCCGAUCUCGCCGCCCCCGCUCUCCCUCGAGUCCUCGGUGUCCGCCACAACCUGUCCCAACAACAACAACAAGGCCAGCAACUUCCCCUUCCCGCCACCCUCGAUCCUUGAUCUCCGAGUCUCGCCUCCUACUUCGGAGCCACAGUGCGGCGGUCAGGGACCCGGCGGUAAGGCAGCAUGGCAAGGGUGCAACAGGCCUUCGCUUCCCCUAUCGCCCACAUCGCCCGGUUGUCGCGGAGAGGGUUACAAGACGAAGCAGUGCGAGGCGCAUCGGCGAUGGAUGAAGAGGAACAGGAUACGAGACGCCAGUUACUGCUACGGCAGCAGCGGCGAGGACGAGGAGGAAGAUGACAGCAGUAACGCCGUUCGCCACCGGGGAGAGGUCAGCGCGGCGGUCAAUACCGUGCUUUAUGCGGGCUUAGGGACCACGGCGCUCGGUUUAAUAAUCUCGUUCGUCGGCACCGGGGAGAAGGGCUUCCUCAGUCCGGAGCUCAGGCUGGUCGGUCCAUCGCUGCUCUGCGUCGGGCUGCUGUGCUGCCUGUUUCGCGUGCUACUGUGCCUCUGCCUGUGCCGUUGCGGCUCAUGCCGCUGGCGGUUCUGCCAGGUCGCCUCGCACAAAAAGGAGAAGGCGAGGAAGGCCGAGGCACGGCCCACGGGGACGUUGUCGACCGCCUCGUUGUUGCCGCCGGCGCAGCAGGAGCAUCAGCAACAGUCGCAGCAGCAACAGCGACAUCACCAACAGGAUCGGCAACCGACAGCGCCUAUGAGCCGUUCAGUGUCGCCGGCGACGAAAGGACACGAGCUCCUGCUCUCGCCUGCCCAGUUGCCGGAGUGAAGCGGCCGCGCGCGCGCGCGCGCCGCGGCGCGAACGAACGUUUUUUACGAAAUGAAUUCUAUAAACGCCGAUCUACUGCCGGUUCUCGCCCGACUCACUCGAUCUAGUCUACCCGGUCGCGGCCUGAAUCGUUCUCUCUUCUCUAUCUCGCAGACUCUCAGCGCAUCCUGAAAAAAAAAGAACAAAAAAAAAACAGCGUAGCCUCUAAUGCGUUUCUCUAGAGCUUAAACAAUAGAGGAAUAAAGGAAUCGGCCAUGUUUUCUACCCUUUUGUCGUGUACGAAGAAGUAAAGGAACCAUCACACGUCGUCGACGGGUCGACUCUCUCGCA